AUUGAAGUGAAACUUUGUUAAAGUUGUAAUAUAAUACAUAACACAUUUUACAUUAUUAUAUACAAACAGAAAAUUUAAAGGAAAAUUUAUCAUAAUAUUGAGUGCUAAAUCCAUAGUAUUUAUUGAAACGAUUAAGAAAAUGCGUCCGGUAUUUGAAAAUGGUGCACCUGUGCCUGCAUUUCUGAAUAAAUUAUGGAAAAUGGUUGAUGAUGAAAAAACAGAUAAUCUUAUAUCGUGGAGUCCCGGAGGACAAUCAUUUAUAAUAAAACAUCAGGGCGAUUUUUGUACAAAAUUAUUGCCACAAUUUUAUAAACAUAGCAAUAUGGCCAGCUUUGUGCGACAGUUAAACAUGUAUGGAUUUCAUAAAGUAUCAAAUAUUGAAAAUGGAAUUCACAAAGGAGAACGCGAAGAAAUUGAAUUUAUACAUUUAUAUUUUAAGAAAGGCGAACCUACCCUAGUUGAGAAAAUUAAGCGUAAGAUGUCAUCACGAAUACCAAAUAAUAAUGGCGAUAGUAAGAAUAUGGAAAUGAUGACAAAAGUAUUAAAAGAUGUUGCACAAAUGCGUGGCCGUCAAUUAUCGUUGGAUGCUCAAUUGGCCACAAUGAAACAGCAUAAUGUUGCGCUAUGGCGUGAAUUAUCUUUGUUAAGGCGUAAACAUCACAAACAGCAACAAAUUGUAAACAAGCUAAUACAGUUCCUAGUGUCAUUGGUGCAACCAUCUAGAAAUAAUAUUAACGGUUUGGGUGUUAAACGGCGAUAUCCGUUAAUGAUCAAUGAUAUCGCACAAAUUAAUGGUACAAAAGCGAAAAAAAUCUCUAGGACAUCCGAAUCACCAGGACCAACCAUACAUGAACUAGACACAACCGAUAAUACACUAUUAGAGGAAGCAGGUAUGUUAGAGGAUUAUAUUGAACCGGUUAUCGAGGUACAUAGUCCAGAAUCACAACGAACCCGAAGCAGUACAAAUUCAUCUAACUCCAAAAAUACUUCACCUAUUUUGCUCGAUUUUGAUGAAACAAAUGAUGAUGGAAGUAACGAUGAAGACUGUCCGUUAAGUCCAGAUUUAUUAUUUGCAACAAAUCCACAUUUAGUUACACCACCACCCCAAACAAUGCAACAAACUCAACAACAGAAGAAACAAACAAAAUCGAAAUCAAAAGCGAAAAAUCCUAAAUCACAAUCAGAACAACCUGAACCAAACGAAUUACUGAAUGAGUUAACCGAAGAUUCAACAAUUAUUGAUGCGAUUAUCCAACCAGAAAAUACCACUGAUAAUAAUGGUAUCCAAACAAUAAUGGUCUCAUCAGGGGAUGCAAAUAUCUUAAAAGCAGCCGCGCAUGAGUUUGGUUUUAUUAUAUCAAAUGAUGAGAAUUCACAAAAUGGUGAAAUGAUUACAUUAGAAAAUGGUUCUCAAAUGGAUUUAAACGAACUUUUACAGAGUAGUGAAGUAGUAGCCCCAAUUAAAUGUGAGCCUAUUGAAACAGUUGGAGAUGGUUCCUCAAACACAGUGUGUGCUAUUGAACCAAGUACGAGCACAUCACCGAUUAGCAACGAAGACGUGCAAACAUCUACGGAGAAUUUAGUGAAUACAGAUGAGUUAUUAAAUAAUCGUGCGAUUGCAACAGUUCAAUUACCAGAAAUUUCUCAACUAAACACAGCUAAUGGGUAUGGUUGCAGCUCCGAUCUAGAUAAUCAUUUGGACUCCAUGCAAACAGAAUUGGAUUCGUUAAAGGAUUUACUUGUUGGUGAGGGAUAUAGUAUCGAUGCGAACGCGUUGCUAGGGUUAUUUGGGAGUGAUGAUCCAAUGUCGUAUACUCUACCGCUAUCAACCAAUGAUUAUGAAAAUCAAGAAUUAUCCCAUAAUGAUGUCAAAAAUGGUCAAAAUAAUUCGAGUCGUCAAAAUAAUUCAGAUCCAAUUUUAUCCGGUUCUGAAUUAAUGUGCGCUCCAACAUUUGACUUCGAUAUGUUCUCAACUCCAGACAACACGAUAAUGGCAACACCAGAAAAUUCAAUGGAUCCAACAGACAUCAAGAAUUUCCGAUACAAUAAUGAUAAUUUGACGAACAAUUGCGACAGUCCAUUGACGCCCAAUUUUUCAAUUGAUUAUGAAAAAUAAAAAUGUUGACACUUCA